CGAGCCGUUACAGAUUCGAUCAGCACAUUUCAAAACACGGAAGCCGAAAUGUAUUUAUUUUCAAUUUUUUUCUGAUACAUUGUCAGACAGAUGGUGACAAUAUUACAUGUAAUGUGAUUUAUGUGGUUUUAGACACAAAAUAACAACCAUUAACAAAGUGUGAAGCCUUGAAGAUACGAAUUCUGAACUUUGAACUGACUAUCAUCAUGGCAGAAGUAAAAGCGUGUAAAGUGUGUAACAUUAGCCGACACAAGUAUUACGGACUGGCGGUAACCUCUCUAGAUCAGCUCAAAAUAAAAGGUGGUGAGGCUCUAGGGUUCAGUCCCAGUGCAUCUGUCACAGUGGUGCUAGAAGAUGAUGGGACAGUUGUAGAAGAUGAGGCUUACUUUUUGUGUCUGCCAGAAAAUACAAAAUUCAUGCUGUUGCAUGCCGAUGAAACAUGGAUGCAUUCUCAUCAAGUUGAUGCAGGGGCAGCACAGUCUUGCAGAAAGUCCUCUGAUGUUGAGGUAGAUGGAAAAGACAAUGUUGAUGGCUUUGAAUCUUGGCACAGUUUGGCAGAGCAGCUCAGACAGGACCUGGCCAGUAUUAUCCUCAUGUCUGAGGCAGAUCUACAGAGUCUGAUUGAUGUGCCGUGCUCAGAUCUGGCUGCAGCGUUGGACUUCUCACAGCAAAAAACCCAGGUCCUACAGGACACUCUGCAAAGAAUGCUGGACCGCAGGGAAGAAGAGAGACAGUCCAAAGAGUUACUGAGGCUCUAUUUGAAAGCCAUGGAGCAAGAAGGCACCUGGGACCCACAAGAACAAAGCGCUAGACUAGAUGAGACAGAUGGGGUGCAGGUGGAGGCCGCAGCAGGGUUCAGCUCCAUAACGCUAAUGGUCCUGAAGGAAAAAAAAUACCCAGAGACCAGACUGUCCAAUGAAGAGCUACAGAUGGUGGCGGGGCAUGGAGUGGAGGUUAUGAUGGAGGUGUUGAGCUGGGACAGUGAAAGGACAUCAGCGCUGGUCCGGGCAUGUGAAAGUGAGCUCAGUAAACGCCUACAGCGAGUUCAAGCCCUGCAAUCCCUCAGUUCUCAAAAUCAGUCCACUUCACAACCACACACUGAGAGAGAGACCCGAGCCAAACGCCGUAAGACACACACACACUGAUAGACCUUUGCUCUUUAUUUUUGGACUGCUUCAUUACACCUCAUCUAAAAAGAAAAAUGAAUUUAGACAGUGUUUUUCCCAUUUUUGGAUAGUCAUUAUUUUGAUAGUAUAUUGUAUAGAAAUGCCAAAGCAUAAUAAAAGUCAUGUUUUAAGCAAGGAAAACAUACAGACUGGUGCUCCUUUUGAUUUUUAAAAUUCCAUGUUUCUUAUCUGUUGCCUGUAAUUUGACCCAUCAUUCAGGGGAUCAAUUGGUGAUAAUCAUAUACUACACUCUUAAAAAUAAAGGUUCUUUUAUUGGCAUCAAUGGUUCCUUAGAUUAUUAAAAUGUAAGAAAAAAUGAUUCUUUUAAGAUAUCAUUUAUCAUAAUUGAUUGUACCAAAUACCUGUAAUGUAUCCUGACAGAUAUGACAUUUUAAAACCUAUUACAAACAUUUAAUGCUGCUUUAUGAUAUUUCUCAGGGAAGGAAUGUGUUACCGUAAUAUUGCAAGGUUCACUAAAUGUCAAAUUGGAAAUGUUAGCAAUUUAGCCCGUGGGGUGCAUUUUUUUCACUUGUUGAAAUAUCGAAUGAUAUAUAUGAUAUUGGACUAAUAAAAAGAUUUUGACAUUUAAUUUUGGGCAUUAAUAUAAACUGAGUUACAUAAUGAAUGGAAAAAAUAUUUCAGCUUGUCAGAGAGCAUUGAGAAUGGUAAUGUAUGUAGAUAAAAUGUCCAUAUGCUGAUAAACUAAUGAAGAGACCUGCUGGUCUGUUCCUUUGCACCAUGAAUGUCUUGUUAAAACAAUCUAUUUCCGUGCGGAUGUAGUUCUACCUUAGAUUGUAAUGAGCAUGUGUAAGCUUUGAUUGGUGUUGGGCGGGUUUGUGAAGCCAGUCUUUGUGCUGUUUUGUGGCUGUGAAGUACUAUUGAUUUGAAAAUGUUGAAUUCUGACCAUUGUUAGACUAUAUGCCAAUGAUCAGAAUAUCACUUCAACAGGAUGUAGAGAUGUUCCUGAGGAAUUCAUUAGACUGGUAUUACGUAUGCAGUCCCCAGCUGAACUGUUCUAGUAAUGGGUUUCCUGUCUUGAGAGAUGAUUUUACCCAUUUUUCCUCAGUAUUGCAAUAGUCAUGUCUUUAUUCUGAUCAUUUUAUCUUAUAUUUUUGAUAAGCGCCCUUUUGGUGUGUGGUAAUUAUAACAGUAAGUCUGUUGUUCUUUAUUAUGUGCAUGUGAAGUAUUUGGAAAUAAGCAGCAAGCUGUCUGUGAUUGUUGGUAUAAUGUCAGUUUGCUGGAUCAAUGCGUGACACUGCGACCAACCUGUCCUCACAUCACAGAGCUCUGACCACCAGAAGCAAGCAAAUCAACUGUGAAUUAUGUACUCUCUACUAGACAAGCGUGACCACAGCUUCAACCGGGGUCUGUUGUUGCAUGAUGGAUUGGCUGUGUCAUGCAGGGCAAAACCACAGUGCAUUGAUCAUUCACUGACUCCUGCUAGCAUACUGAGAUCUACAGGUUGAUGAAUGUCUAGAAAAGAGCAAAUGAGAAUACAGAAUGAGUUGUUGUAAAAAACAUGUGUGUGUGUGUGUGUGUGUGUGUGUAUACUGUAUAUAUUAUUAUUAUUAUUAAAGCCUAUAUAAUACAUGAAUUUCUAAGGCCUGUAAAUAUUCAU